CGCCAAGCAUGAUUUGCACUCGAGAGUUCCCAUUUUCCAUGGCCGAUAAAGCAAGACACUCCUCCAGAGAAAAGGCCAUCCUCGUACACUGCUAGCUGAGCUCACACCCACAUCCAUCCUGGAGCUGUCCCUCAGAUCAGAGGAAAUGGUCCGCUUCAACCUCCGGCGCCGGAUCCAGCGCCGCCUCUGGACGCUCGGCGGUGCAUCCGCCGCGCCUGGCACCAGAUCCUCGCCCGCUCCUCCACCCCGCGUCCUCCUCCUCCUCCUCCUCCUCGCCUGCCCGGUCCCCGCGGCGGCUCCGGCAGCCGCGUCGUCGGCCAAGCGCUGCCGGUACCGGAUGCUGCCGUACGCCGAGGUGGCUCCCCGGGAGGCGGAGCCCGCGGCGCCGCCCGUCGUGGCCGCGGCGGCGGCGGGCCGAGGCGGCGACGGGGAUUCGGAUUUGGUGGCCCUGAAGAUCGGGCUGCUGGGCGAUCAGCAGAUUGGCAAGACCAGCUUCGUGGUGAAGUACGUUGGGGACGAGAAGGAGGAGAUCAAUGGCUGUUCGGAGACGAAAGGCUUGAAUCUCAUGGACAAGACUUUGCUGGUCAAUGGCGCCCGCAUCUCCUACAGCAUCUGGGAAGUCGAAGGUGACGGAAGGCCCGACGACCACGUCCCGAUCGCCUGCAAGGACUGCGUCGCGAUCCUGUUCAUGUUCGACCUGACUAGCCGGUGCACGCUGAACAGUGUCAUAAGCUGGUAUCAGCAAGCAAGGAGGUGGAAUCAGACGGCAAUCCCGAUUAUAGUAGGAACCAAAUUCGACGAUUUCAUCCAGCUGCCCAUAGAUCUGCAGUGGACGAUAGCAAGCCAGGCGAGAGCGUAUGCAAAGGCCCUCAACGCCACACUCUUCUUUUCGAGUGCGACCUACAACAUCAACGUCAACAAGAUCUUCAAGUUUAUAACCGCGAAGCUCUUCGACUUGCCGUGGACCGUGGAGCGCAACUUGACGAUCGGGGAGCCUAUCAUCGACUUUUGAAGAAAGUGUUGUAGCUUUUUUUGUGUAUACUUGGUUCGUCAAAGCAACCGGUCGCUAGGGGAAUUCGAAGGCGGGGUGCGCCUCAGUCGUCCUAGCGAUAUCUCGAGUUGUGUAUUGCCUGCGUUUCCAUUGACGAUCGACAAUAAAAUCAAGUGUGGAACAAGUUUUCCUGAAGGAAUGAGGCACCUGAUGAGGAGCAUCGAUCUCUCUCUCCCCUUCUCUCCCCAUAGGAUGAAAGGGCAAAUCAAUGCCCUGCUCACUCCAAAGACGAUGCUGGUAGCCUAGUCCGAAAAGAAGUUCUGAAAAACCAGGGCAUAUUGACAUUCUUAUCAGAAUUGUGGGAUGAUCUUUUCAAAA